ACGAAGAUGUUCUCUUAUCUGCAAAGUCAGAGACGGGUCAAUUUACAACUGCUGCAGGAAUCAUCUUGUCAGCAGCUCGAGCUUUUAUUGGACAAACUCGAAGGUACAAAAGCUAUCGUACUGGACGAUGUAUUGUUGGGACCAUUGGGUUUGGUGGCACCACCCAGUCUAUUCUCUGAACGUGGCAUUAAAUUACUCAAGCUGGAAAAGGAAACACGUAUGCCCAAGGAUUAUAUGAACAUUAUUUAUCUAGUGAGACCAUUGGUCAGCAUAAUGGAUGACAUAGCCGGGCAGGUGCUUAAGAACUCUGACAAGAAUCGGGUAUUCCACAUUUUCUUUGUACCAAGACGCUCAUGUCUGUGCGAAAAACAUUUGGAGCAGAAAGGUGUCUAUGGCAGUUUUGGCAUGGUCGAAGAACUUUCAUGGAAUUUCUAUCCCAUGGAUAAUGAUGUGAUUUCCAUGGAAAAUCCUAUGGCAUUUAGAGAUGUCGCCAUAGAUGGCGAUCCGACGGCGCUGUAUCAAGCCGCUGUUGGUCUUGUGCAAUUGCAACGCAUUUAUGGACGUAUACCGAAAAUCUAUGGCAAAGGUACCAUGGCUCAAGGUGUUUGGGAGCGGGCAAAAAAACUGGGUGCCGAAGAAAAGUUACUGUCUACCGGUGAGCGGGGAACAAUAGAUCAGAUUAUUUUAUUGGAUCGACAGAUAGAUCUGCUAAGUGCAUUUGCAACACAGCUCACGUACGAAGGGUUGAUUGAUGAAUUCUAUGGCGUGCGGCAGAAUCAAUUAACGCUGCCAGCGGAUCUGUUUGCUAAAAGUAACGAACGAGAUGGCUCGCCAGCCCACAUGACAUCGGAUAAGAAAACAAUCAUAUUGAACUCUGGCGAGACAUUGUAUCCGGAAUUGCGCAAUAAAAACUUUAAUGAAAUUGGUAAAAUAUUAUCACGCAGUGCGAAAGAUAUCAGUGCCGCCAUGAAUGCCAGUGCCCAAGAAAAUUCAGUCCAAGAAAUGAAGCGGUUGGUGGAUAAAUUACCCGCCUUAUUGGCACAAAAACAAUCGGUGGCAAAUCAUACAACCAUAGCUGAGAAUAUUCGCAAACAAUUGGAUGCAUUUGAAUUUACGGAUGACUUGGCGGCCGAACAGGAGUUUAUGAUGUGUGAAGAUAUCGAUAAGCCCAGUGGUUACAUUGAGGAUUUAAUGGCAAAGAAGGCAGAUUUGAAAAAGGUUCUGCGACUGAUUUGUAUACAGUGUGCAGCGGCAUCGGGUUUUAAGGAAAAGGUCCUGACUUAUUACAAACGUGAAUUGGUGCAUGUGUAUGGCAUUGAGGUUCUGCUGAAAAUAAGCAAUUUGGAAAAGGCUGGGGUCCUUUACACACAAUCGGAGUCACGUGCCUAUGCCGUUCUGAGAAAGACAUUAAAUCUCACUGUCGAUGAAGUUAUUGAAGUCAAUCCCAAAGACAUUAGCUAUGUGCAUAGCUUUUAUGCUCCGCUUAUUGCCCGCAUUGUUGAACAAUCUCUAAAACCGCUGGGUUGGCAAUCGCUGAAAAGUCAAAUUAACAAUUUGCCCGGUCCAACAUUUGAAGAUUUCCAAGCACCUUUAAUUGGUAUAGGCGGGCGGCAUUCUUCGACUCCUAGUGAAGGUUCUUCAUUAAACAUUCCACGUGUGGUGCUGGUCUUCAUUGUUGGCGGUUGUACAUUUGCCGAAAUUGCCGCUUUACGUUUUCUCGCCCAAGACGAAGAUAACAAUGUGGAAUUCGUUAUAGCCACAACAAAAAUAAUUAAUAAAAAUUCCUUUUUAGAAAGUCUGUUACAAUGA